CAGUUGGUUCAGUAAAACUUUAUUGCAUGCGCUUUCGUACGAGAUAUUAUUGUCGUUGAAUACUCGGUUACAUUUCCCUUCGAUUUAGGUUUUUGCUUCUGCAGUUUGGGCGGUCGCAGAUGUCGUACUCCAGAAGGUCUAGGUACUCCCGCUCUCCUUCAUACAAACGAUCGGUCUCAAGGUCCCUGUCAAGGUCAAGGAGCCGUUCAAGGAGCCCUUCUAGUGACGUUGAAAAUCCUGGUAACAAUUUGUACGUCACUGGUUUGUCACAUAGAAUUACAAGGAGAGAACUCGAGAAACAUUUUUCUGCUGAAGGAACAGUGCUAGAUGUUCAUCUCGUGACUGAUCCAUGGACUAGAGAAUCCCGUGGAUUUGGAUUCAUUACCAUGUCUAGUAAUGAUGAGGCUGAACGUUGCAUCAAAUAUCUGAAUCGAUCUGUCCUUGAAGGUCGAAUAAUCACCGUGGAGAAGGCUCGAAGACGGAGAGGUAGAACUCCGACUCCAGGGAGAUAUUUUGGACUCAGAACAGUCCGUAUGAGAUGUAGAUCGCGCAGCUACUCUUCUCAGCGUUCUCCCAGCUACUCUCCUUAUAGCAGGAGCUUGAGCUGUUCGUCUAAUUAUUCAUCUGACCGUAGCAGUAGAAGAUCCCAUUCUCCUGAUCGACGCCGAAGAUCAAAUGACUCGCCAUACUGCUGUAGAUCAUACUCCCCUUAUAGCUGCCGAAGAUCAAAUGACUCGCCAUACCGCUAUAGAUCAUACUCCCCUUAUAGCCGCCGAAGAUAUGAUUCUCCAUACAAUAGGCGUCAUAGGUCGUAUUCUCGAUCCCACUCUCCAUGUAGUAGGUUGCCUACCAGGAGACGUGACAGGUCGUACUCACCUUACGACUAUUGCUCCCCUGAUCCAUACUACAGAAGGCACAGGGAUCGGUCUGUUUCUAGGAGUGUCUCACCACCAAAGGCAAGGGUUUCUAGUAGACUUUAUUCCUGCAGUUAUUCUCCUAGGCACUGUAGAAGCGCGUCGAGGAGGUACUCUCGUAGCAGAAGUUAUUCAUGCAGUAUUUCCCCUGAACGAAGCAGGAGAUUCGAGAGACAUUCACACAGUAUCUCUCCUGAACGAAGGAGCUCGAGGAGUCACCACAGCCGUACUCCGAGGCGCCAUAAGAGAGGAGGAUAUUCUGGUGGGAUUGGAAGCGUGGUUUCAAGGUCUGUUAGUCCUGUUUGAUUUGCUGAUCUACUUCCUUGCUACUACCUUGAUGGUCAUGAAUGAUGGUAUUUUUAAUUCACUCUACUAUUUUCUGAUUGGAUGAUGUAAAAUUUGGUGCUGGCCAUUGACUUGCGGACAGUUAUCGCUUUGCUCUGUUCAUACCAUUUGGUUUGGGACA